UAAAUUUCAGAAAUUGUCAAUAAUGAAAUUGUGAAUGUCAGCUUGAGUGAAUAAUAAAUAGUGAAAAGGCGCUAUCAAGCAAAUAAAAAUUUUAAUAGAUAUUUAAACGAGUAGUAGCUAAUACAAAUUAAAUUGGAGUUUUAAAUGAUUAAUGAAAAUUUUGGGAUGGAGGUGGAUUUAUCAGGUGGAUCUUCAACCGGUAGUAUAGCACCAGCAAAAUCGGGUAGUCUACCUCAAAUUGAUGAAUAUAGUCCUUUAGAAAAUAAAUCUCCAAAACAACGAUUGCUUGAACUUCUAGACGUUCUCGAAAGUCAUGUUGAAAAACUUCGAAAGGAAGCUUCCAGACUCGAAGAGGAACGUGAUAAAUUAUUGGCUUCGUUGGAUUCUAUUAAAGGAACAGAUCUUAUGCUAGACCUAAAUGAAAAUGAGCGUGAUGAUGUAUUGCAUUAUGCUGAUCGUAUAUUGAAUCGUUGUGCAACAGUAGAAUUAACUAUUUUAACACAACGUGACCAGACUCAAGAAGAUGCUCUCCAUCAAAUAAAUCAUUUGAUAGAUUAUUUAGUGAUGAGUGUUAGGAAUGACCCAGAGGGUGCUAAAUCUAAAUGCAUUGCCUACAUGAAUGCUUGUUCAUCUCAUUUUGUUGAGGGAGCUACAGAUAAAAAUUUUGAGUCUGCCCUCUUAGGUUGUACUGUAGAUGAUCAAAAAAGGGUUAAGAAACGUCUUCAGGGACUAUUAAGCUAUUUUGAUAGGGUCGAUGUCAGUAGUGAUCUUGAGUAAAUUCCCAUUUUAUUUUCUCUUCUAAAUAAAAUAAAUGCUAAAGAACAUACAUGUAGUAUCUCUGAAAAUGCUAAAUCCUGAAAAAUUUGAAGUUAAAGAAUUAAAUGUUUGUUUACUAUUAAUUAUGACCAGUUAUAAAUUACACGUUUUUAUAAUGAAAGAUUGGAUAGUUUGAAAGCUUUGUUGUUGUAUGUAUACAUAAUGUAAACAUAAAAUUGAAGAUAAGUUUGUGGUAGAGAAAUUUAACAGGAAACUUACAAGUAAAAUGUGUGGUGUAAUUCAGAGUUAUUCAAUGAAUUUAUAAUUCAGUAGCAUUGGAUUAGUGCUUAAAAGUGCAUUUUUGCAUGUAAGGCAUAGAAGUGUAAGCUUAUAAUGUGUUAAAUGUUCCAACAGUAGUACAAAAAGCUCCAUUCCUACCUUUCAUCUUGUGCUUUUUUAAUUGCUUAAAAAAAUUGCAUUACACAUGUCAGCAGUUCAACUUCAUUAAAUUCAUUCUACUUCAUAUACAGAUAAAUCAUUUCUAUCAAGUAUUCAUUUUGUUGUGAAACAAUAUUUUCCGUUAUUAAUUUAAACUUUACAUUCCGAAUUGUUUAUACUCCUUUACUAAAAUAAAGUUUGUUUUUUUUU